UUGCAGCGGGAGGGGGCGGGUCCCUCUCCUAGCGCCGGGUCCCGGCUCGCGGCCCCGCCAUGGUGGUGCCGGCGCGGCGCGUGAAGACGGAGUACAUGAAGCGCUUCAAGGAGCCCCAGUGGGAGUCGUGCGGCGCCUGCUACCUGGAGCUGCUGCGCUACCGCCUCAGCCGCCGCCUGCUGGAGCAGGCGCACCGGCCCUGGCUGUGGGACGGCUGGGAGCAGGACAGCGCCGGCGGUAGCGGCGGCGGCAGCACCGCCGGGUCACCCUCGCCGCCGGGCACCGGCAGCCCUGCGGCGGUGCAGGAGGAGGCGGCGGCGCCGCCAGAGCAGAGCGAAGCGGGACGGGCGAGCCCCGAGAAGGAAAGAGAAGAUCAAGAAAAGCAGCAGAAGGAAGAGCAAGAAAAAACUGUAGAACACACUUCUGUAAAGGAAGCAGACAAAACCAGCCGUACAGGACGCCGUCCGAGUCGAAGUGCCUUGUCCAGUUGUAAUGAUCGAAGAUCAGCCAAAAGUCCUCAAAAGACAGAUGCACCAAAGGAGAAUAAACAUCCAUUUGCUCUGUAUGGGUGGGGAGAAAGACAGACAGAUACUGGAAGCCAGAAAACUCACAAUGUCUGUGCUUCUGCUUCAGCAAAUGAAAUUCAUGAAUCUGCUUUACGAGCAAAGAACAGGAGACAAGUGGAGAAACGGAAGCUCUCUCAGAGGCGAGUACAAUCAGCAGAAGCAGAGAAAUCUUGGCGAAUAAAACCCUCCCCACCUGAUAACCCUUGGAUGACAGAGUAUAUGAGAUGCUACUCAGCAAGAGCUCGGUGAAUUCGGAUUCCCUUACACACCUUCAAAGGAAGUUACGCAUAUCAGGACACUGGUGCAAGGAACCAAACUACUUAUGCAAGGUUUUUAUAGGGAGUUUCCAGCUGUUAAAAUAUUUAUUACACUAUUUUUAUCUUGGCUACCUACCUCACAGUGGGGUGUGUUGUUGGAGCCAUAACAUUUGAAGAGGCUUUUAGAUAUAGCUACCCAAACUUAUAAACAAUUUCCCUUUUGGGAGUUUUUCUAAUGCUUCAGUUAACAUGUUUUGGGGGUGGGAAGCAGGAACCUUAGCGUCCAGGGAGUCAAAGCCAACACUUUUUUGAUAUUGGGUACAAAUAAUCUGUUGUCCCUUAUUUUGAAAGUCCAAGUCAUGGGGAGGUGGUGUUAGGGAAGACUUUAAAGGUGUGAAGGAGGUGCCUUUGCAUUUAUAAUAGUAUUUGAUGUAAUACUUCUACCAAAAUAAGUACAUUAAGACAGGCAACAGGAAAGCCAGUGGGUCUGGUAAGCAGCACUAAUAAAUGUAGAUACUUUAGGCAGGCAAAUACCAAGUAUUGUCUGUAUGUAGAAAUUUUCAGAAAACCUUGUUUGAUUAGUGAAUCUGCUGAUGAUAACUUUUACUGCUGUUUCUAGCGUCAUUAGAAUAAACUACUAAUCUUCAGGGCAAGAAACAGCUACAGGAUUGUUUUGCUGUUGCUGUGCCUGUUGUACCAAAUAACUGAUGUAGACAAUCAUUACCUGAUAGCUGCUGCUCAAUAAGCAGUUGCUCGUUGUACCACUGUAUUAAGAUUGUGGUCACACUUGCUCUAUGCUUAAUCAUGUAAAUGUGUUUAUGGAAGGAGAGGGCUGGCUCCUGUCUCAUGAAGUCUACUUUUAACACUGAAGAAUAUCUGUUAUGCUCAGUGGGAGUCAGAGUGCAAUAUGCAUUCUGUUUGGUGGUAUUGCACAAAUAUACUGUUAAAGGUUCUAAACUUGAACAUCAUGUUGAUAAAACCUGUAGAUGAAAUUCUGAGCAGCUUUCUGCCUCUCAAAAUCGGUGCAAACCCCUCACGAGAGGGGAUGAGGCCAGGGGAAUGAGGAGAGGGGUCCUCUUUGGUAAACAAGAACAUAUAAUGGAGUUUGAGCACUCUUGCUUUGUAGGUCCUACUUCUACAUAAUAAGACAGUCAUUGUGUGUGAUAUCCUCAGUGUUUUUUCCCUUAAGCUGCUGUGGUUUUUUUUUUUUUCAGUUUGAUAACUAAGCUUUGGGCAGAUUAUUGCCAUAGUUGUGAGCUUCAAAGUUUUGUUCAGAUGGUGUUCUGUGUUAGUUACAUAUGUGGGUUAUCUCAGUUUAAUUGUUUUGAAGCUUGUGUUUUCCAGACUGGACACCUUCUCACAGAAGCACACUUGCACUUCUGCAGCAGAAACCUGCACUAGUCUUAGCUGCAUUCCACAGUCUCAGUGAGUAAACAGGGGUCUAGAGCUACUACUGCAACAGAGUUACAUGCUUGGUGGAAAGUUUGAUUGUGCCACUGAAAGUAAUCAUGCAAAGGGACCAAGCACUGCUGCCUCCUAGUGUUAAUUACAUUACACCAGUAAGGGUUUCAAUACUCUGGUUGUAAUCUUACUAAGAUGUCCUAGAAUCCAUGAAAUUAUAAUCUGACUUUUAGCUGCCUUUUAAGUAUAAAGCUCUAGAAAUACAGACAACACUUGCUCAGGCUACCUACUAGAGAUCUUGCAGCUUUUCAGUUGGGGAAUGCAAAGUAUGAUCAAGUAUGUUUUAUACACAGCAAAAUUACUGUUUUCCUACUUUUAAGUAGACUACAGGCUAGAACUUCCUAAAACUUCAGAACAGUGCCCAAAACUGAGGCAAACUAUUCCAGAGGAUGCCUUUAUUCCAUAUGAAAUUAUUUUAAUUUCCUUUUAUGCUGAGUUUUCCUUCUUAAAUAGCUUCUGUAAAUAUGCUUAAGUUACUUCUGAUGCUGUUUCAAUGCAGAAAUCCACCAUAGCUUUGAACAACAGUAUGCAAAGCACUAACUCAGUAGUGUUUAACAGCCUUAUUCAAUAGCAACUCUGCUUGUUCCUGUUGGCCACAGGCUUUGUAGGCUUUAUGUAACCAUAGCAGAUGGACUCUGCCCUCAGUGCAUUUUGUCACAUUAAACAGUUUCCUUGAUUGUGUAGGGCAGGACUCAUCUUGCCAGGCUUUCAAAGACAGCUUCUGCAGUUCUCUCUUCCCACAGGGAAUGGAGGAGCCAAGAUGACUAUGUGCCUGCCUUAAUUACCCAUUUUUUGGAUAAAUGGAUGUCUCAUUAGAUGUUGCUCUUUCCAAUAAUUAUAGAAGGCUUAAAUGUCUUGUGCCUUGGGUACUGAAUACCGAACUUAGAACACCUGAACAAGCCUGUUUGAGGUGUUUUACAGAGCAUGAGAGUCUUCAACAGCCUCAAGGCUGCCACAUACUGAGGAGAUUAUCUAGUUCUUAUCCUUGUCUGGCCAAGAGCUGUUCCCCACUGAAACAAUUUGCUAGAAGACAGUAGUGACAAGAAUCAGGUCUUGUGAGUCACUGUCAUGCUUUUUCAAAUGCUUUGUGGCUAAAAAUAAUCCUGGGUGCUCUCCUUGGUUUCAGUAAUAAAAUGUCUGAAGUGAGUGGUAAAUUAUUCUGCAAAUUAGGUAGCCUUUCUGCAUUUGGGCAGUAUUUGACUAAGAAGAAGAUAGUAGGUUUGCCAGGACUAUGUAAAUUAGUAUAGUUUGGAUCACUACAAAUUGUAUAUGCCAAAUAUUUGGCAUGUGCCCCACUGAAGUCAGGAAAAAUGUUAUUUUAGUGUUUUGACACCUAAAAAUGAAAAGCAAACUGAUCUGGAAAACAGAACUUUUCAAGUGUAAAAGCUUUAAUCUUACAGGAGGUGGCUGUUUGCAACAAACUGGACUCACUAAAUGGAAAUCUAGUGAAUGUCACCCUAUUAGUUAAGGAAAUUCUGAAUGUUGCCUUGCAUGGACUCUUGAAUUCAGGCAAGUUAUGAACACUUUUCACUCCUGUUUUAAAGUAAAACUUUGUAAGAACACAGCAAAUAGUUAUCCAAAGUCUUCAUUAAAGUAACUGUUUAUUCCUUUUUGUUUCUGAACGUACUUAGCUAAGUGAAACAAGACUUUUACAAUGUGUAAUGCUGCAAUUUAACUAUAGUGUUGUGAAGACUAGUGUUUACAAUGUACAAUGUUACAAUGAAAAUUGAAUAAGAAUGUCCCUGUGAUAUACAGUAGCAUGCCUGCUCAGUCACUGCUGUCACAGCUUUGCAACUAUGAAUUAGAGACUUUCUCACUGGAAGCUGAGAUAGUUGAGGUGAUAGGUAAACUUAGAGCCAAACUUAACAAAACUGAGGGACAGACCUGAAUAUUUGGUAAGAAUUUUAUCCACAUAGCAAAUGCACAUUUUAAUAAAUUUUUAACCUAUAGGGAAGUAUAUCUGUUCUCAUUUUUUUAAAUGGUAUAAUGCAGUGCCACUGAACUAUGAAGUCCUCUCUGACUUUUUUACUGUGAUAGGGACCAAAAGCUAGCAAUCCGAGGGCCUUUUGUGUGGCAACUUGGAUGUUGCAGUUUAUUUUCCAGCCCAGUUAGUGUACUCAGAAGCAAAGCCAUAUGUGGAGCCUGACUUAACACCUUGAUGGUAGCCCAUAUCAAAUUCAGGACACAAGUGAAUGGGAAGCAGCCUCAGCUAUUGUUAGCACUGAAUUCACUUUAAAAACAAUAGGGAGAUACCAUCUAAGCUUGAAGCAAUAUGUGUUUUUUAAAGUUUCUAAAGAGUAUUUGUUUUUAAUGCUUCUGUAUUGUCUAUAUUUAAUAGUGUAGUGUCAAUUUGUAUAUGUGAAUAAAAUGAGUGAUGUGAAGAGCUAA